AUGAGUGACUCUUUCUGGGCAAGACAUGUGGAAAUUUGUACAAAAAUUAAUGGCAAAAGAUAUCCCGUUCCUUCAUCAGUCGUCAAUAGCUUGCUCAAGUCUUUUGAUCAACGCAAUCUCCCACGUCCUUCCACAACCCAAAUACAAGCAUUGAUGAAUUCUCCGUCAGCAAAUGGAGAGGCUUCAAAAGCUUAUACUCUAAUCCGCUAUUACCAAGUUAGUCAGCAGGGUCUUUUUGUUACCAAUGAAAACACCGAUAAGUUUGGGACCACGAUAAAGUACACUGGAGCAGAAAACUGGGAAUCCGUAAUGUGCUAUAUGGAUGCUUUAUUGUUUGCAAUGUUUGCCAAUUUGGACAGCUUCGAGCCAAUGUUGUUUUUGUCCAACCAAAGUCAGAACAUUCUAGUCAACCGACUUUCGAAUUUGUUACGGGUUUAUGUGAAUCUCUUGAGAACUGGGAAUUUGAUCAAAACCGAUUUGACCAUUAGGAUUUGUGAAACUUUGCAUCAGCUUGGGUUUACGGAGGCAAUGUCUCAUAAGCAGCAGGAUGCCUCGCCAUUAUUCGAGUUUUUGGCCGAAACCUUAAGUAUGCCGCUUUUAACUUUUAAGAUAGACAUUCAACAUGGAGGGAAAUUCAAUGAGGAGGAUGACAGGAAAUACUCUAAAGAAAGAAUGUUAUUUGUGAGUAUUCCAGAGGUUGUAUCUGGGGAGUCGAACAAUGAGAACGAGAUUCUUCUUGAGGAAUGUCUUGAGCACUAUUUCAAUAAUUCCAUUAACGUCAAAAGGGAACUAGAAAGACGAGCCACUAUGGAAAGUUCCAAAAACCACAAACCUUUUACAGAAAUGAUUGAAACUGUUGAAGAUCCAACUGAAUUAACUCAUGAAUCAGGCUCAAUUUCAAAGGGUAGCAGUCGUAUCCAAGUAAGGACCAGAUCCUCCACAUUAUCUAUUUGGACUGUUAAUGACAAUGAACCCAAUUCAAAACCUAAAGAAGUGAGCUUACCAGCUUGGAUGUUUUUAAGGUUAUUACCAUUUUACACCGAUGAUAAUGAUGUUUCAGUUUCGGAAAAUGGCAAGACUGACAGUAUUGCUAAGGGUUCUAGAGAGUUUGCCAAACGGAGGCCCGUCCUCCCAAUCUGCUUGAAGAGAUAUUCCUUUGAAAACAAGAGAGCUAAUAGGCUGCAAGUCAAGGUCAUCAUCCCACCGGUGAUUAACUUACCGUCAUUUGUGGCUGAUGAGAAUGAUGAUAAUAAGACAUCACAUAACUAUAAAUUAAUUCUAGAGAGUGCCAUUUGCCAUAGGGGAACCUCCACUACGUCUGGUCAUUUUGUUGCUGCUGUCAGAAGGAACUACCAACGAGUUAAUGAGACUGAUGAUGAAUCAUACUGUGCUGAAUGGUAUCUCUAUGAUGAUUUACACAAGCCAAAAGUAGUCGAGAAAUCCUUUAAGGAAAUCUUUAACACUGAAUGGCCUUACAUUUUAUUUUACCGGUUGAUAUCUUAUGAGGAAUCUGAGUCAUCGGCAAACAGCAUCCGUUCUGGUCAAAGUUCCACGAACUCUCCAAGAGUGAUUAUCCCUCAAGGUUCCAAAUCCAAAUACUGGCAGGAAGAUACUCUCUCACCAAUUCUUUCUGCUUCCAACUCUCCUUCUUUCAAGUCUGAAAGUGCUAUUGACAGCCUCAACAAAUCUUUAACGAAUAUGAGUGCCAAUAGUGAAGGGGGAAGCGACACUGCUCCACCCGAGUCUAAACAUGUGGAUAUCAGAGAUAGGUAUUACUGGUAUAUACCUGAUCUGAAUAUGGACUAUUACAAGGAAGACUCUCUUUCUAAGGUCAGUACUAGACGAACUAGUUUUACAGCCCCAUUUCGUAAAAACAGUCAGUGGAGUGAAACCUCGGCUACCAAUACAAAGUCUGAAACCUCAGCUAUCAAUACAAAGUCGCCAACUGUGGAUACCAAGUCUCAAGAGACACCCUCACCUUCUGGCUCAAUGUGGAGGUUCAAGUCCAAAAACAAGUCCAAGAGUCCUCCGUUGGAAACCCAUGAAAUUGAAAGUAUGGUUUCUCAUAUGAGCUUAACCAACCCCGAACCUCAUAUAGAGACUAUCACCGAUGUACAUUCAAACCCUGAGCGAUCGAAAAUUGACACUCGCCAUCAUCACCACAUUCUUCAUAGACAUAAUCAUGAUGAGAUCAAUAAUUCAUAUAAACGAUCUAGGUCAAUGAGAGAAGCAUAUAGAAAAGAGAAGUGCAUUAUCUGUUAGCUUCACAGUCAUUAAUUAUAUAAUAUUACAUUAAAUACAUUCAAUCACAGUAGUAGAUUGCUCCAUCUGUUCCGGCUGCUGCUACUUUACUCUGCUCUUGUGGAUGAAAUUUCACCGUGCUGAUCAACCUUUUGGAAAGGUUUAGCUUUUUCACCACUUUCCCGGAAUUCCAAUCCCACAAUAAAAUAUUUCCCUUCGAAUCCCCUGCAACGAGAAUCUUUCCAUCGGGGGAGAUAUCAAUUUCGAUCUUGUAUCCAGUAACGUUUUCAUUCUUGAACACUUUUUUCUUAAACUUGAACUUUCCUUCCCCAUCUAUAACCUGAAUCGCAUUGUUCAUAUUUUGGAGAGCAAUAUACUCCUCACUGGGUGGGACACAUAAAGCAGAAGAAACAGCAUAUUGUGUUGGGUGUGUUACAGUUUUGACGGG